AUGACAUCCCCCAUCCAGCAAGAAUGCACCUCUACCGAAUUCCGCGAAAUAGGCCACGGUAAUUGCGGAUCUGUAUGGGCAGCAGAGGGAAGCACGAUAGCGAUGAAAAGAGAGGAUGGAUGUAAAUGGCGGUCUCUUCUCAAUGACUACAACAUGCAUAGACUCGUGCUCGAGACAGCUUUACAGGAAAGGCUCGGCGUGUGUGCCCCACGAUGGCCGAAGUUUAUCAAGAACGACGACCAAAACUGGUGGGACAUGAAUCUCGCGAGAUUUCGCACCGGCUACACUGCCUGCAACGUGCUCUGCUCGGAACGCAUACCACCACUGCCGCAGGACGUGAGGGAUCGCCUCAUUGACAGAUACUGUCCACCCGCAUCAAUUGCGACCAUAAAGGCCGAGGACUCCAACAGAGACUGCUUGGUACGACCCUACCUAGGCCGUCGAAAAUUCCAGAUCGAGGCCCGGACAGCACCAAUACUUCAGCGUUUCUCCAUGCGCAACUACCCCUUACACCUCAAUAAGGCAGAGGACCUCCAGCUCCCGAUUCUGGAGUACGCACAUGCCAUGGCUGAGACACUCGCCAUGAUGCACUGGGUUGCGAAUAUCGACGCCAAUGAUAUCGAGUUUGUGCUCGGUGCCGUUCCAACGCAAAAAGAAAUCGCCCACAACGUGUACUCACACGAAAUCUUCGGAAUUCAUGCUCUAUGGGUCCUGGACUUUGACUGCUGCAAGCCGCUGACCAUGGACGACGCCGGCAUCGAGCAAGCUGCUGAAGCGUUCAUGAGGAACGACCCUUACUUCCCACGCCCCACAAUCAACGAACAAUCCCCGGACAAUACCCUGUGGAUUGAGUUCCGAGACCGAUACCUCGAAUGCAGUCACGAGCCUGUCACUGGUUUCGGCGGAAACUUCCUCAGCUUACCCGAGAAAUUCAUUGAACGCGUUGUGGAAAAAAUACAUGAACGUCAUCAAAGAGCACAUAGAGAAAGCUUGUUGGCCGUGGAAGUAUAG